AAUCAACAAUAUGCUCUGUGCCUCGAUUGUGACAAAUACAUAACUCGUAGCGGAGAACAUUCACGAGAUUGCGCCUUCCCCUAUGUUGCCUUCCUCCCCCGGCUUACAAUCAUCGCUUUUCUGCUCUUUUGGUGUGCCUGAUCCUUGUUCCUCAUUCUCUACUCCAACAUGCUAUCAUAUCCACACUUAAUUGUGUUGCUUGCCUGCUCAGCAGUGCAAAAUGCUCUGGCCGCCUCUCGUUCAUACGAACUGACUCUCAGUACAGGUAUCCGAAGCCCUGAUGGAUUCGCGCGCGAAGUUUACCUCAUCAAUAACCAACAGCCGGGGCCCUUGAUUGAAGCUGAAGAAGGAGAUGAUCUUGAAAUAUUUGUCCAGAACGAUUUGCCAGUCGAGACAACAAUUCAUUGGCAUGGUAGGUCGCUCCAGUCGAAAAGGCUGGCGUGCGGUCUACGCGAUUCAGCAAAACAUUGACAUGAUCGCGCUAGGGCUUCUCCAGCGUGGAACUCCAGAUAUGGACGGUGUUCCUGGCGUAACUCAGGUUGGUGGGACAUUUGACUGCUCGUGCCCGUCUUAUGCGUCUCUAGUUUCCCAUCCCGCCAGGAGGUAAUUUCACCUAUCGAUUUUCCACAGCCGACGAGUACGGAUUUUACUGGUACCAUUCUCACUUUCGAGCCUACUACAACGACGCCUUACGCGGGCCGCUCUUAAUACAUCCGUCCCCAUCCCGGCCGCGUCCAUUCAAGACUCUUGCUCAGAGCAGCUCUGAGUUUGAUAUGAUGUUACAGGUUGAGCGCAGCGGAACAAUUCUCCUGCUAUCUGACUGGUACCACAGGCUCUCUGAUCGAAUAUACGAUGAAUAUUUCACGACUGGUGCAUUUCCCCAGUGCGUUGACAGUCUUCUGGCGAACGGGAGAGGAAGAGUCCAAUGUCUACCCCAAAACAUACUUGAAGCCGGACCAGGCCUGGGCCUUGAAUCCAACAUCGCCAACGAUCCUCAUGAUCCUGACGCUAUGUCGAUGGCAAUGGAGUCGUCAACGACCAGCGGAAUGGGCAUGGCUUCAAUGUCGAUGGAUACAGCAUCGAUGCCCGCGUUGACAACGGAUGCUAUGUCCAUGAGCAUGCGGAAAAGGUCAGAUCACACCGCAAGCCCGUCAACCGGCACUGCCAUGUCUGAUAUGAGUGCCAUGUCUUCGACAUUGACUUCGAUGGCGACAAUGGGAUCAUCUACGGCGUCGGUGGGCACAGAGGACCAAACCAUGAGUACCACGGUGGACAUGCCGCAAAUGACUUUAGGCCCACGCGGGUGCAGCCCACCCAUGAUGUUUAGGCCAGGCUUCAACGCGAGUUCACUCCCACUCGAAACUUGCACGAAUACUACAUCGGAACUCUUCACCUUCACUGCGGACGCAUCUCGUGGCUGGACCGCUCUACAUCUCGUCAAUGCUGGAGCUGUCAGCAGACUCAGUGUCUCGUUGGACGGUCAUUCCAUGUUCGUCUACGAAGCGGAUGGACUAUAUGUGACUCUUCAAGAGGUUCAGGUUCUGCACAUCUCCAUUGGCCAGCGGUAUUCCGUCAUGAUACGGCUUGAUCAAAAUCCCGGAGACUAUUCUUUUAGAUUUGCAGCAUAUCCCUAUGGUGACAUGCAGCAAGUCAUCGAAGGGCAAGCCAUUUUGUCAUACCAAAAUAUGACCAACAAUACUAACAUGACUAUGAUGAGUCGCAUGGUCUCGCCGUGGAUGCUCGUCAACGGAUCCGCCACAUCGGGGACUGUCGAGCUUGACGACCAGACCCUUGCUCCAUUCAUGGGCAACACGGCACCAUCCGGGGCGGCCAACGUUACUCGACAUUUUGCAAUCAACCAAACAGACAUAGUGACUUGGGUGGCUAACAGGGAACCAUUCGUAGAGCCUGCUCGGCCUAUUAUCUAUGGUAGCGUCUCUGACGGCUGGAAUGCAACCACUACACUUCUUACCCCUGCCAACGCUACCGUUGAUAUUAUUAUGAAGGUCGCGAAUGAUUCGAUGGACACGAUGGGCCAUCCGAUGCACCUACACGGCCACAAAUUCUGGUUCCUCGGGUCCGGCGAAGGCGACUUUCCAUUCGAAUCUGUUACUGAUGCACCUUCGUCGAUGAUCAAUCUCCAGAAUCCGCCAUAUCGCGAUACCAUCGAUUUGCCGCCUUCGGGCUGGGCAGUUAUCAGAUACAUCACUGACAAUCCGGGGGCAUGGUUGUUUCAUUGCCAUGUUCAAUGGCAUCUUGUGAGCGGCAUGGCUGUGGUGCUUGUUGAGAAUGAGGAACGAAUGAUGGAUAUGGUAGGAUCUAUCCAGAAUGCGUUCAACAAUCCAGCAACGAAUAAUUCGCAGGCAGAAGGGACUUCUGCAGCUAGCACCCUGUCUGGUAAUUGUCCUCGCCAAUAUCUUAGCUUUCUAUUCUCGCUGCUGUUGCUCUUCGUUCUAUUGUAAAGGGACCAAGCGGAUGGCCUCAAUCAUUCAGCAUGAACGCAUCUCCAUUGCGUUCGAUCCAGACGCUUUACGAGCAUAUCGGAGAGUUCUGUUGGCGAAGCGCCCAAUAAAGUUCUAUUCGAAGGGGAUCGUACAUCCGCUGGAUAAAUAGUAAUGCAGGCGACUAUAGAGAUAGAGCACUUACUGUAAAGCACUUUUUUGGUAUUGAGGACCGAUGACCUUUGAUUUUAAAUUUAACUUUUAGAUGAAUGCCUUUGUUCAACCUCUCCUUAAUAAUUUGAGCCGCGAAUGACUUGACACUUUCGACCCUGUCAGAAGGUCACUUCGCCUACGUGUCUAUCGCAUAGUUCCGGUAUUUAUGUGCUUCAUGUGACCAGAAUAGCACGGCAAUUCAAAUGAUAGCAGCAGGUU